UCCCCGAUCAUCAGCGGGAAACCAAAAUGGCGAACGUGCUUGGGGAAAAUGAACCGUUUGUUAUCUUCUGAAGAAGGCCAGAGCCCCGCAAGUUUCCGCGAUAUACUUUUGAAAUAGAUUCAACUGCAGAAGAAGCGGGAUAACAGCGGUCGUUCCCAUUCAGUUUUUUGUUGUUGUACGAGUCAUUUGUUGAAGAAGCGGAGGUGACCGAAUGAGAGACUCAGGGGUUGUGGAUCACCUGUCUGUCCAUCACAGAGCUCUCCCCCAGCGGCAGCAGCAGGCUGUGUCCUUGUCCCCCUCAAGCCUUUCUGCUAGGGGGGAGUAUGGAGAGGACGACAUGUCUGACAGGUUCACAGAGGGACAGGACGUCUUGGCCCGGUGGUCAGAUGGCUUGUUCUACUUGGGGACAAUCACCAAGAUAGAUCGGGACAAGCAGCGAUGCUUUGUGGUUUUUGAGGAUCGGUCAAAGUCCUGGGUUCUGUGGAAGGAUAUCCAGACAGGGGAUGAAGAUGAUGAAGAUGAGGAUGAUGACAUUGUGUGCUCUAUAUGCCAAGACGAAACUUCAGAUGAACCCAAUGAAAUUGUCAUUUGUGACAAGUGUGGACAAGGCUACCAUCAGCUGUGCCACACCCCCAUCAUUGAUGCCUCUGUCAUUGACUCUGAUGACAAGUGGCUCUGCUCAGAGUGUGUGCUCACUUCUAUACCUAAGAGGGGAGCCUCUGCUAAAGGUUUUCUGCCGCACGAGCAGCAGGAGCAUAUAGGGCUGCACCUGUCCCUCCCAUACAUUUUGGACGAACUGGUUUGGAACCAGGGCCACAAGACUAAUAUCCAACAGUGCUACUGCUACUGUGGAGGUCCAGGAGAUUGGUACCUGAAGAUGCUGCAGUGUAACGAGUGUGAGCAGUGGUUCCAUGAGGCGUGUCUACAUUGCUUACAGAUGCCCAUGCUCUAUGGAGAUAGGUUUUAUCUGUUUAUUUGUUCCGUUUGCAAUGGUGGAUCAGAGUUCCUCAGCCGACUGCCUCUUAGCUGGGAGGAUGUCACACACCUGAGCCUGUACAACUUGAGUGUGAUCCACAAGAAGAAGUACUUUGACUCUGAGAUGGACCUGAUGUCGUACAUCAAUGAUACCUGGGAGCUGCUGCAGCUGGGGGAGCUCGCCAACACUCCCAGAUCAGAGCGAUAUCAAUGUGUUCUGGAAGCAUUAAACAACAACAGCAGCAUGUUCAUGUCAGGGAAGGAAGUUAAGAAAAAGAAGCACUUGUUUGGGCUGAGGAUCCGUUUCCCUCCUGCUCCACCCAACUCAGAUGAGCCAACCAGCAGAGUGAUGGAGAGGGCUUCACAUGAGAUCACUAUCAAAGGAUGCAAGUCCACCAAGGCUCUGUCUGGCAUGAGAGCUUGCAGUACUUUAACCAAUGGCACAGAGAAGAAGAAAAAGAAGAAGAAAAAGAGGAAGCAAGGAGCACAUUCUCUGGAGACUCUGGCUAAACCACAACACAGUGAACUCUUAUCCCAGGAAGUAAGAAGGCCUCUGGAGCUCCACACAUUGGAUCACUUAACCUCUAUCAAGAGUGAGAGGUCUCUGCUGUCUUCAGAUGUGGAAUCAAUAGGAGCCCUGAGCACCACAGAAACUACCUCAACUAGCAUUUCAAGACAGUCCAGCCUCUGUAGCUCCAGCAAGACCCGCACGACCGCCUGCAUCAUGCCUGUUUCCGCUCCACCCUUGAAGAGGAAACGUGGGCGGCCCCGACGGGCCCUGCAGCCCCCCAACCUGGAGAUCCCCCCUCCUAGCCGUGCAGAGCCAAACCUCUCCGCUACGGAGAUGCUGAGCCCACUCCCAGGGCUUCACUCCACAGACAUAGUUCACGGCAUGGACCCCAACAGCCAGCUCUCCCACCUCAAGAGCUCCAUCAGCAGCUAUUUCGGAGCAGCGGGGCGGCUGGCGUGCGGGGAAAAGUACAAAGUCCUGGCACGACGGGUCACCCUUGAUGGCAAGGUGCAGUACCUGGUGGAGUGGGAAGGAGUCACUGCCUCCUAGACUUGUCUGUGUCUUCAUCACUUCUGACUAUUAACCAGCGCCUGCAGGAGGUUAAUGGCGGUGCUAAGGACUUGUAUACACAGCCUGUGUUCAGAGCAUUAAAUGAUUUAUGCCUUUUUGUUUAGUUUAGACAGGAGCAGCUUACUGCAAAGCCUACUGGUUCAGUGCACAUUUAAACACGUCUUUUCCUCCUGUGUUUAAAGAUUACAAUUCAUCGAUAAAGAUGAGGCAUUGUCAUUAUACCACACCGUAUUUGUGUUAUUAUGCUUUUAACUUUCGUUUACGUUAACAGCAACCCCUAUUUCUUCAGGGGGAAGCAAUUGAUUAGCGCACUGCACCUGUAGGCUUUCAGUGAAUCGUUAUUGUACCUAAUUUUUAAUCCAGUGAUAUGCUUUUCAUUUCCAGACCAGUUAAUCAUGAAACUGUAAGCUUUUUUUGACAGAAUGUAGUUGGUCAGGCAUUAAAUGGUAAAUCUUGGAUGAUAAGAGCGAAGGGGAACCUUUCUUCUAGGGAUGCACCGAAUCCAGAUGUUUGAGGUUAAAUGCCGUAUCCACUGGUUAAGAUUCUGCCGAAACCGAAUCCUACUCCCAUCCUCAGUCCAUUAACAAAGUAAAGUUAUGAAUGAAGUCCUUCCUUUGCCGUACCUGAAGUUGCUGCAUUUUAGCUGCUGUCUGUAGAUUCCUUCAUGCACAACUCGUAUUCUUUCGGAUGUUUCGGACCAAAUGUUUUAACAGCAGCGAUGAUGU